UAGUGGAAAUGCUGAAUGGCUCAGUUGCAGCUGGCUGUGUGUUCGCAUAUGGAUCCAAUAGCAUCCAAUUCCAGUCUUCCUGCCACAAGUCAGGAAAGAUGUCAUCCUGAAGUUCUUAAAGAACAGUCCCAAUUAGAAAAUCUGAGGAAUAAUACCCAGCAGCAACUUGUGUGCUAUAAAGAUAAGAAAUUGAAAGAUCUUCAUGUUCCCAAAGAGCGGAGCUCUUCCUGUACUCAACCUGCAGAAAGUAGUCAGUUGGUCUUAGAGAAAGCAGGCUUUUAUUCUGCUGGACCCCAUAACUGGUGUUUCAAGGGUCAGGCCAGCACUGUGCCUUCCCACUGGAGAAUGAAGCGGAAAGAAGGCGUUGACAGAGCAUAUCCACUUAAGCCGGUCUUUCACCCAAAAUCUGGGAAUGGUCUCUUACCAAGUUCUUGGCAAGUUGGAAAUGCAGCAGCUAGAGAGAUUCCUUCCUGUGGGAUUAGCUCAGAGAAAACAAAAGCGUCACAUGGGGUGAAGACUCAGCCUGUAAGGAUGCACUCUCCUUUUUCUGUACAACAAUCUAAUAGAACAACUUCUCAUUCACAAAGAGCAGAGUCAGGCUAUAUUCAAAAACUGGAGGCUGCUGGACGGAGUUUGGAGGAGGAGAUCCAGCGAAAGGAGGCUCUCCUUAGGGAGAAACUAAGGAAAACAGAAGAAGAGCUCCGUAAAAUCCAGUGGAAAAGGCAGCAGACUAAAGCAGAAGCAAGAAGAGAGCAAGGAGGAUUAUGGAUGCCUGAGAAGAAAAUGACAGCCGUUUCUCAAGAUUGUGAUUCCAAAUCUACCACACAAUUACGUGAUGAUGAUCAAAAAAUGCUUGUUCCAGAGACUAUGAUAGCUUCAAUUGGGACUGCCCUGCUUCCACAGACACUUCAUAUAGAAAGGCUCAAGAAGCAACGAUUGAUAGCUAGCAACAAUAAAAUUCGAGAUAACUUCUCCAAUAUUUCUUCCACUCACAGCCUAGAACCAGCAACUGUACACAACCAGUCUUGUUCUCUAACAGGAACCCCAGUAGCUAAUGCAGAAUCAAUGGCAGCAGAACCAUCAUAUACAGAGAUCCAAAAUGAUAUAGAAGAUUGGGGAGAAUGCAGUUUUUGUGGACGGAGACUUUACUGCUCCAGAUUGGAGAAACAUAUGAAUAUUUGCAGCAAGAAUCAUGGAUCCAAGAGAAAAGUGUUUGAUUCAAGCAAGGCUAGAGCAAAGGGCACUGAAUUGGAAACAUAUCAUCUCUUGAAGGGCUCAGAUAUUUCACAGAAAAAAACUUCCAGCCACAGUCUUGAGGCUUCCAAGCAAAGCAAUGCUACAUCUAAACAAAGCAAUUGGAGACAGAAGCAUGAUUCUUUCAUCAAGACUUUGCGCAGGGCUCGUGAAGUGCAGCGCAUCAUCUCCAAAGGCGGAAAGGCCUCAGAUCUUCCCCCAGCACCAGCUAUGGAAAAUCCAGACUACAAACUGUGUCCAUAUUGCACUCGUCAGUUUGCACCCAAGGUUGCUGAGAGACAUAUUCCCAAGUGCAAGAACAUUAAGAACAGACCUCCACCACCACAGCAAAAAAAGCGUUGCUAGUAAAUAGACAAGAUGAUAUCUGCAACUGGUGUAAUCCUACUUAGAUUUCUUGUAAUUUUUCUCAGUUUAGGGCUACUGAGUGGCAGUUUCAGUGUAAAACCAAUGAGAAAUCCACACAUUUUAAAUUAUCAUUAACCCUUUAUACUACAGGUCAAGGCACCUAGAUGGACAAAAAGUGGUGUUGUCUUCAUCCUCUCAAAAUUUUGUAUUCUGUAAAAAUGGUUCACUGGGAUUCCAUACAUAUUUUGCAGUGGAAUUUUUGAAGAAAGGCCCUGCAAAAUGGCCUAUUAAAAAUUGGAAGAAAAUAUGAAGUUCUUAUAAAUCAUGGCUCUAUACUUUUGACUCUUUGAUGGCACCUGGGAUCAGUUAUUUUUUCUAUGAGCUGCCCAAGAUAAAUGAUUCCCAUUUCUGUGCUGAAUAUCAUAAGAAAAAGCAGCCAUAUUCUAGAAAAUUAACAUUUUAAAUAUUAGAAUGAUAGCUGGCAAAGAAUAAGAGCUAUUUCAAUGUAUUAUGUAUUACUAUUUAAAUUGGCUGGGAAAAGCUUUACAGUCAGUUUUGUUUCCUGUUUUAUAGUACUGCAUAAGAUUAAUCUUCCUUCAAAGUAACCUACACAAGUUGCUGUAAAAGAAAAAAGUGGAAGUUUUGAUGGAUUGUUCUCUAUAGCAUAAUUGUAGUACCUGAUUUUCAUCUCUGUAACUUUAAGAUUAGUGAAAGGAAACUAAGAUAGUUAUUUGGAAGUGGGCAUUUGUUUAGCUCUGCCUUUGCUAACAGAUGAAUGAUUAAAAUGUCUGGGAAUAAGAACAAGAACAAUCAGCAAACAAAUGGAAUAAAUAUAUU